UAAGGUCUUACAGUCAACAGGCAGACUUCCCGGUGUUUACCCGUCACCAUAGCAGGUUAACCUGAGCCAAUUCUGUAAUAACAGUUCUCUAGGAUCUAUCCACGGACAGAUCAAUAAGCUGUCCGUCUGGUGUCCAGCUGUGGACAGUUUGGGUUACGAUUUGAGGAAGAAUCAUGACGAGCGUGCACCCUACAGCGUACCCCGGAGGGGGUCAACCGAUAGCAGCACAACCCAUGGCUGGAGUGCCCCCACAAUCAGGAGCAGUGGGGUGGUCUCAGACUAGUCAGGUGCCGGCAGGGUGUCCCCCCGGGCUUGAGGGUCUCGUAGCCAUCGACCAGCUGCUCGUCAAACAGAAAGUGGAAGUCUUUGAAGCGAUCACUGGGUACGAAACAAACAACAAGUAUGAAAUCCUCAACACUCUAGGACAGAGGCUGUUCAUGGCAGUAGAAGAUACCUGUUGCUGCACCAGGAACUGUUGUGGUAGCAGCAGACCCUUCGACAUCAAGAUCCUUGACAGAAACAACAGGGAGGUCAUCCACCUUACCCGUCCCCUUCGCUGUUCGUCCUGUUUCUUCCCCUGUUGUCUACAGAAAGUGGAGGUUCAAGCCCCACUCGGCCACACAAUCGGGUAUGUGCGGCAGGGGUGCCACCCGUGUCUACCCAAGUACAAGCUGAUGGAUGAGAAUGAUGAGACGGUUCUCCGUAUCGAGGGACCCUGCUGUCAGUGGAACAUAUGUGGUGAUGUGGAGUUUGAUGUGAAGUCCGAAGAUGAACGAUUCGAUGUGGGCAGAAUUUCUAAACAGUGGUCCGGGCUGGUAAAGGAACUGUUCACAGACACCGACAACUUCGGCGUCACCUUCCCCAUGGACCUUGAUGUCAAGAUGAAGGCGGUGAUGUUAGGCGCAGUCUUCCUCAUUGACUUUAUGUACUUCGAAAACAACAAGGACAGCGUUCGAAAAGAAGCCAACAUGGUACUCUAGGUAAAUCUUUCACGACGCUUACUCAAGAAAGUGUAACACAGAGGAUGGCGAAGAGACCAUCGUGCGUCGUGUCAUAUUGGUUAGGAACAUAAAAUCCAGUGUUCUCAACUUCUUGCCCUACCUAACAGCAUUAUCUCUAUAUAUGUUCAUGAAGUAAACACUGAUAACUUUAUUAUGGGGGCAACGCACAGUGACCAGCUUGUACUUGUUUCUUUACUACUCAAACAAUCUAAGAAAGCAUCCCGUUUCCAUACCAAUAUAUUUGAUUUGACAUGGCCAUAACAGAUUAACUAUACUCAUGUGCAAAAUUCAGCUGUUGUUAAAUUUCAUCAGAAUAGCAUCUCAACAUCUAAACAUCUAAUCUGAAAUUCAUUUUUAAAAUGCUGAAUUUAUGACAUUUACAUUCAUAUAUAAAUCCUUUAUAAAUUCGGCAAAAUUAAGCAAUACCCAUAUACAACAAGCCGGGACAGACGUACAUUUGGAAAAACAUAGAGAUUAUGAAUACACAUGUUGAACAUCGUUCUGCAAAGCGAUCUUAGCGUAAAGACAAUAACGCGAAAUAGUAUCAUAGAUUUACUAUAAGAACGCUUUGUAGAACUGGGCCUGGGUCUGCGCAUGUCAAGAUGCGACCAUAGCCCGCUGUUACACUUGCGACUUGCUACAGACGUCGUAGUUAGAUUGUUUAAAUGAAACAGGUCAUAAAUGAUUUAAUUCUGAAGAAUUAUUUUUACAAACAGAACAGAAUAUCCAUAUUACCGUUAAUCAGUAUGUGAUUUAUUUAAUUUGAAAAAGAAACAUUGUGAUUAUGAUUCGAUUAUUUGUAGAGAGAUACACAUGAGAGUAUUUAAACAUCUACACUGAUUUUUUUUAACCAGUAAGUGUGUAUGAUAUGUCUGCGAUGCCUUUAUGGAAGUAACUUUUCAAUCGUUGCCUCUAUAACUUACUUAUAUCCAUUGUAUAGAAGAACAUAGUGUUAAUGCUGUGGGAUCCAGAUAGAGCUUAUCUCCCUUUGAUCAGUAAAUCGAGACGCAAUAUUGCAUUGAAAAAUAUACAGGUUAUGGGUAUCUUUCUGUACAAGCCUUGGUUAUAAACAUUGCAGAUGGAUGCAUAUGUGUGUGUAUGUAUACGCGCUUUAGAGGGUAACGUGCAUUCUACAACAGAUACCUGAACCCAACCCACUCGCCGGGCAAGCCUCUGAAACAUUGAGGGUGAUGAAAUAAAUCAGGUAUCUUUAACCACAAACGACGUUUGUUUUACUGAAAGAAUAAUUGUUGAAUCUGUCGGAACAGCAUCGUCUAACACCAGUAUUUUGCCACUUUAGUUUUCACUUCCAAAGAAGUAUGACGUUGUUGCCGAGCAACGUCACGGACGUGUGUGAACUGCACAAGUGUUGACAUGUACAAGUACAAGUGUUGACAAGUACAAGUACAAGUGUUGACAAGUACAAGUACAAGUGUUGACAUGUACAAGUACAAGUGUUGUAUACAAUGAGACCCCGGAUAUCCGGACAGAUUCGUUUUUACUGAAUAUCCGGAUAUCUGGAUUUCUGUCAUCCAGGCUUACUGUAUAUUACCGUCUAUAAGCCAAAUUUUGAGGAUAAAAACGCAGUGUGUAGAAGGGGUCGGCUUAUCUAAAGUAUACAGCUAACGAAUUUCGUCAUAUCGGUUAUUUUUACCAUUGAGCAUUCCACCUACCUUUUUCCUUUACUUUAGUACUUUUAUACAUGAAUUAAAUGUACAUAAUGAGAUUGGCCCUUUUAUCAAUGUGUUAUGGUUUAGAAAUAAAAUGUAUAAAUAUC